CCAAGAUCGAGUAUACAGGUUUGAGGUUGCGCAAGGCAGCUUUUGAUUGCUAAUGACCUUCCGGGACCUUGGGGGUUAGCUCGCGUCCAAGCCCCCGCACUCCCCCGCUGUGGGGGUCUUGUCUAUUACUCAAUGCCAUCCACGUCAUCAUCAGUCCUUGAAUAAACAUUAACUCGAUUUAGACAAGAUCUCCCAAGCACGUUGCCCGACGCCGUACCUUGCCUGUAGCCGAUGAUCAACCCGACAACAAUGCCCCACGACGAAAUGCUCGAACACUCGCUCAAAGCGCAAUCCCUCCUCCUCCCCAGCGCCGCCUCCCGCCGUGCUCUAACCAACUUCUUCACCCGCGCCCUCUCCGCGUUCCAAUCCUCCUCCGACUCGGCGCAAAAGUUGCAAGUCGUUUGCACAGCCCCUCCAGCAAGCAGAAGUCAUGCUUCAGCGUCCGCCGCUGCUCAAGCACAAGGGGAACCGUACCCCCAAUCUCCAGCACCGAUCCCACCGGCGAAGCGACCGCAUACCCUGAUCGUGCUAGACUCGAGCUUCAACCCGCCUACGUUAGCGCAUUUGCGGAUGGCUACCUCGGCAGUAGAAGAUACCAUCAAGAAAAAGGGCAAUGAAAAAGACAUAACCGGCCUGCGACUCCUUCUCCUCCUAGCGGUCGUCAACGCCGACAAGGCGCCCAAGCCAGCGGCCUUCGACCAGCGACUAGCCAUGAUGUGGGCGUUCGCUCGUGACGUACAACGGGCGCUAAGGGGAGAAGAAGACGAAUGUCCCGACGAGGUGUUGGCUUCCGGUCCGGGACCGAAGCCACACACCACCAACAAUCCAGAGGCGGAACAAAAGCCGGGACAGCAAGGACCGGAUAUCAGCGUCGACAUCGCACUAACAUCUAAACCCUUCUUCCACGAAAAGAGCCGGGCAAUCGCCGAGUCCGAGUUCUACAAACCACCGGCUGAAGGAGAAAAGGACACGAUGGAACAAGUCAUCCUAGCAGGCUACGACACGUUAAUCCGCAUCUUCGACCCAAAGUACUACGGCCCUCCUGAUCCGAGCCGGAAGGGGACGCCGAUACAGCAAGCGCUUGAUCCGUUCUUUUCGCGGGCCAAGUUAAGGGUGACGAUGCGACCGGAUGAUGAGUGGGGAAGCAAGCAGGAGCAGCUGGCGCAUCUGGAGAGCUUGUUGAGCGAGGAGGGCCUGGCGAAAAUGGGCGGGAGUAAGGAGUGGAAGGAUAGGAUUGAGUUGGUGGAGGGGAGGAAGGAUGGGGAGGAGAUUGUGAGUAGUACUUAUGCGAGGCAGGCGGCGGAGAGGGAGGAGUGGGGGAAGUUGACAAGGUUGGUGUCGCCUGGGGUUGGGAAGUGGAUUGAGGGGGAGAGGUUGUAUGUUGUUGAUGUGAAGCCGGGGGAUGUUGACUAGGCGUCUUGAUGGUGGUCAGAGACAUGAUGGUAGACAUGAUGGUAGAAUUGGCCCAGGUAGACCGACAAUUUUCGUUGAAGAUCGACCAGGCGUAUCAGCCGCUGAGUUCCGAAUAGCAUCCAGCGACGCCGGCGACCUCGCCAUGUUUGCGCCAUCACAGGCCCUUGAUAUGAAUGCACUGGUGUUGUGUC